CUGAUCGCUAACUGGAGUUAUCAGGCUGGAUUCUGUAUAUUGUAGUGAACUGGAUGUAUGUUGUGGUAUUUCCAAUGCUGCAGAUCAUCAUGAUCACUCGGUUACAUGCCAUGUAUCAACAAUCCAGAAAGAUGCUGAUAUUUCUCGUUGUAAUCUUCCUGGCUGACACCAUUUUCAACGUAGUGGUCUCCGCAAUGUCAACGAUGCAUACUUCGGGAGAGGAAUACAUUCUCUCUGGCACCUAUGAAUGCGCGACUACCUAUGGGGACAAUACCAUCCUUCUGAAUUCCCUUACUUGGAUAUUCGGCACUGUGUGGGAGGUCAUCCCACUGUUUCUCGCAGUCUGGAUUGUUGUAAAACACUUCUGUGAGCUGCGACAACAUUCGACAGGAGGGGUUGUCAAGGAUUGUUUCGCGGUAUUGAUAAAAUCGCACGUGUUUUACUUUUUGAGCUUUGUUGCCGUUUCUUGCUUCAACCUCGUGAUUGUGUCUCCAGCGAUCUCAGUGAACCCAAAUACCCUCGGACUUGAUUUUUAUUAUGGGACACUCCAAGUUUUGACGACCGUGCAGAUGUUUGUGCUGGGACCACGUCUGAUCCUUGGCAUUCGAGACUAUACCGCUAAGCUCGUGACCGACUCCGACGCGGCAACCCACAUGACCUCAAUCGCUUUUCAGGAGCGCGUGCAUAUAUCGACUGGCAGUGGUGUGUAGCAUGGGAGAUGCUUCAUGAAGUUAACGGUUGUUUGGCGUCUGCAGGGAGCAGGAGAAUUUGGUUUUUUGAUUCAUUUUCAGUUUCGUCGUGGCACUUAUUUAGUUAUUUGCUAUUGCGCAGUAAAUUUCAAGGAGACAUAGGUCUGGCAAAGUCUUCGUUGUAAUGUGUAUUUAUGUAUGCUACUCACUCUCGAGGAACGGGAAAUGAUCCGUUCGGUACUAGCCUGGUAUUUCGAAG